GCGUCCUAGAGGAGAAAGUUUGGAAGACCAGUGAGCGCCGUGGAAGGCUGCUCAAGAGCCACUUCCUUCCUCUGCUCGAUGGCCAAUAUGGAGUCGGGAGAUUAUAAAUACGAGCCAAGCUAUUUUUCCAACAAACACACGUCGUGGCUGCAGGAACGCACGACUACUUAAAGGCGAACGCAAGCUGGUGUUGGAACAUGAAGGAUGCCACAGUGUUGUUCGUUGCUGUGCUGGCUGUGCUGGUGGGUGGGCUCGGUGGGACAGACCCAUACGGCCAAGGCUGCAUUGAAAACCAAUGUUUCGCCGUGUUCAGCCAACCCGGUGACUUUACAAGCGCUCAGAAACAUUGUAAAGACCGGAAUGCGGUUUUAGCAACCGUGCGCUCGUCGACUGCAAAUGUUCUGAUGACAUCGAUCAUUUCGGGAAACAUAUCGGGUCAAUUCUGGAUCGGUUUGCAUCGUUCAACCAACUGCCCGAACCAAAAUUCUCAUCUUAGAGGCUACGAGUGGGUGAUUAAAGACGGCGAAAGUGAUUAUGAAAACUGGGUCCCCACUUUUGAUGGCGGUUGCUCCUCUCCCCGCUGCGUCACCGUCUCGGAGCGGGACGGGUUCCGGUGGGCGCAGGAGAGCUGUGACGCGCGGGUCAGCGGCUUCCUGUGCGAGUACAACUUGGAAAGCGGGUGCGCUCGUUUAGAGGGCGAGGGAGACGCCGUGGAGUACAAAACCCACGUUGGAUUCAGUGGAAAUGAUCUUCUCCUCCUGCCUUCAGGUGCCAUUGCCACGAUUACGCCGAGUGGAGUCAAGUACAUCUGCUCUACUGGAAUUUGGCAGCAGGGUCCGUGGAGCUGCGAGAUCCACGAUGGAGGCUGCGAGCACGAUUGCGCCGUGGAUGCCCGACACCAGCCUUUUUGCUCCUGUCCGCUCGGCUUCUCCGUCAACCCCGUCAAUAAUCUAACAUGCGAAGUGGACCUGGAUGAUCCGUGCGGGCGUUAUGGCUGCGCGUUCGCCUGCUUAGUGGGGAGCGACGGCGCGCCCUCCUGCGUGUGCGACCACGGCUUCAAACUGGCACCAGACGGCAAGUCUUGCGUGGACUUCAACGACUGUUCGGACGAGCGUCAAUGUCCCGGGGAGAAUUUCCGGUGCGUCAAUACAGUGGGAGGCUUUAAAUGCGAAUGCGAUGCCGGAUUCAAGAUGAUGGGGGGCUCGUGCGUGGAUCUGGAUGAAUGCGCCUCCGCCCCGUGUGAGCAUCUGUGCCACAACACGCACGGGAGUUACAAAUGCUCCUGCUACGAGGGAUAUAAAAUGGAUCCGCAGGACUCCAGCAAGUGUAAAUUGCAUUGUGGCAAGCAGGAAUGCGUAGCGGAGUGCGAUCCAAACGACAAGUACCAAUGCUAUUGUCCCGAUGGUUAUGUUGCGGAGGAAAGGGAGGACCACACUGUUUGCAUUGACUUGGACGAAUGCGCCAACUAUUUCUGCGAUAAAGGCUGCAAGAACACUUACGGUGGCUUUGUUUGCUUCUGUCCUAAAGGAUUCACCCUAGAGAAGGAGGUCUUUUGCGUCAGAAAUGAGGAUGAAGAUGAAGAUGAGGGGUCGGGGGAUGCUGCAACAAGUCCUUACCCUCCCACGGUAACCCCACAUGAGGUGGCUCCCACCCGCCGGCCUUCAGCGGUGACAACAGGUGGACUGGUGGCCAUAAUAGUGUGCGUUGUCAUUGUGGUUGUGGCGAUGGUCUUUUUCUGCCAGUAUAUUAUGAACCAGAGGGGGAAAGCAGGGGGAGAUGCGACGUCUAAAGCCCCUCAUGGAGAAGAGAGCCACAGUUUACAUGCAUGGGAGUGAAGCUUGACAUAAAGAGAAGACAAUGAGAAGUAUGACACGUGAAUGUAGGAGACGGAUUUGUCUGGGACCCACAACACUUGCAUACACUGUAAACCAAGGGCGUAGGUUUGGUCUAAACAUUGGUUUGGACGCCAUACAGCAGAAACCUGCAUAUACACUUUUUGCUGGGGACAGGACAUUAAUAAGACCAAACAGAUUGCGUGAAAGGGCGUCAUAAUGAGCGGAUUUUAGGAGGGGGGGGGCAGCCCCUCCCCCCAGUGGCUGAAAAGUGUCAUUGCAUGCAAUUGAUUUUCUUAUAUAUAUAUAUAUAUACAGUAUAUAUAAAAGUUUUAAAGCAAUAAAACUGCAACCAAAAUGAAUGAAAUGAACCAAAAAAUAUUAGGGCUGUCAAAAUUAUCGCGUUAACGGGCGGUAAUUUUUUUUUAAAAUUAAUCCCGUUAAAAUAUUUGACGCAAUUAACGCACAUGCCCCGCUCAAACAGAUUAAAAUGACAGUGUUAUGUCCAUUUGUUACUUGUAUUUUUUUUGGUGUUUUAUCACCCUCUGCUGGCGCGUGGUGCGACUGAUUUCAUGGGUUUCAGCACCAUUCAUGAGCAUUGUUGAUUGACAUCAACAAUGGCGAGCUACCAGUUUAUUUUUUGUUUGAAAAUAUUACAAAUUUUAUUAAAACGAAAACAUUAAGAGGGGUUUUAAUAUAAAAUUUCUAUAACUUGUACUAACAUUUAUCUUUUAAGAACUACUAGUCUUUCUAUCCAUGGAUCGCUUUAACAGAAUGUUAAUAAUGUUAAUGCCAUCUUGUUGAUUUAUUGUUAUAAUAAACAAAUACAGUACGUAUAGUAUGUUGAAUGUAUAUAUCCGUCUUGUGUUUUAUCUUUCCAUUCCAACAAUAAUUUACAGAAAAAAUAUGGCAUAUUUUAAAGAUGGUUUGAAUUGCGAUUAAUUACGAUUAAUUCAUUUUUAAGCUGUGAUUAACCGAUUAAAAUUUUUUAUCGUUUGAUAGCCCUAAAAAAUAUAUUUUUAUAAUGGGUCAAAAUUAUUUUUCGAACAGAUCAUGUGAUUAGCAACUUAGACGGUCAUUUGCUUUGCAUAUAAUUUUAUUUAAAAAAAAAUAAUAAUAAUAAGGGAGGGCAAUUUUAUUUUUCAAAUUAUUUUUUUCUUUGAUUCAACCUUUUUGGGGGUGAUUGAAUGAUUUAGACACAAAUGUCCUACCCAUAAUAUGGCCAAAACACAAAAAGGAUUGCUUCAAUCAAAUAAAUCUUUUUAAUGAAAAAUUAAGUGUUCAAAUGCAAAUUUUUCAAUCUCGUAUAUUUUUUCGCAUUCAAAAACUUUUUCUAUGAUUGAAAUUUCUCUCUCUUUUUUUUUUUUUUUUUUAAUAUAUAUAUUUUUAAGCAACUUAUUUUUUGAUUGAAUAAUAAAGACAAAAAUGUCCUAUAGCCAAAAUGUGGCCCAAACACAAAUCAACAUUACUUCAAUCAAAAAAGUUGCUUCAAUCAAAAAAAAAAAAAAAAAAAUAGAGAAAAAAAAAAAAGAGAAAAAAAAUCCAAGAAAAUUUCACAUGCAUUUUUUUGAGUUUUAAAUUUAUUUUUGCAUUCAAACACAUUUUUUUUGGAUUGAAGCGACUUUUUUUGGGGGGGGUUGAAAAUACAUAUUUUGAUUGAACACUGAGCAACUUUUUUUAUUGAAGCAACUUUUUUUUUUUUAUUAAAUAAUACAAAAAGGCACAAAUCUACCUCCAUGGCUCCGCCCAGGGGAUAAAAUUUUUGACUGGGGUAACUACAUUGGCACGAUACGGGUGGGCGAACCAUAUUCAAUGGAUUACGAUCUUUGCGAAAUGUAUUGCUUAAGCAGCCUGAUUUAGAAUUCCCCUCAUGAAUUAUGGGAAAGAAAAAAUGCUCAUUGUCAACUUAUUGUUAUAAAUAUUCUUGUAAGUUAAUUUUAUUACUGACACUGUUUCGGGGUCAUCAACAUGUUGUGCCCCCACUGCCCCAAAAGUCAAACUCCGCCCACAUUUCUCACAAAUAUGCUGAUGUGUUGCCUACGUAAAAAUCAAAAAGUUAAAAUUGUUAUUUUCAAGUGAGAAAAUGGGGGAAAUCCCCCUUUCUUCAUAGAAAGGAAAUUUACAGUGGUUGUG